AUGCGAUUUGCUCGUGAUUCUGACAUAUCCCCUUCUCUCCGCCGAGAUGCUACGUCUCAUUACACUCUCAUCAUUACCACUCAAACUGCUAUCACAAGCUCCGGGGUUUUACAAUUCAGCGAGAUCUACACCUCCGAAAUUUCGGUCACUGUGAGAUGUGCAACAGAAUCUCCAUUUCCGGAGACUUUAUCCGCCGAACUCCAUCAUUUACGCAUGAAUAACCCAUCCGAAGUACCGAUUGCACUCGGCAUAGGCUAUAACCUCCGCAUACCCCACUAUCUAGCUUUAUCAUUGGUAGGCCCGGACAUUUCUUUUCCCUCCGGAAGACUUGGCACAUUCGUGGAUUUCCCAUGUAACACCAGCGGAGUCGGCGAUAUCCUCCGUUGA